CUCUAAUUACUCACUAUUCCGCAAACCCCCAACCGUCUCUUCCAAGCUCCAAAUUAGAUGUCUCACGUCACCAUUCGGGUUGGACGGCUGCGGUGCGUCUCCCGUGUCAUGCGCUCGACUAAUAGAACCAAUGGAUCUCUUAGAUCGCUCACCACAAGGCACAAGCACUCCCGCCAUUCUUUACCACGUUCUAGUUGCUUUCGCGUGCGUCAGAGUGCUACCUUCGCUUAUCGCCCCGGGACGCCAGGCAUGUUCGCCUUGUCGGCUAUCAGGCUGUCACACGAUAUCUCGACUUCUCGAGACUGACUUUGCGGUGACCAACCUCCAAAGCUCGUUGAGAAAAAUGAUACCCCCGGGCGCCACCUUUUCACCUCACGACCCGGACCCCCAACUCUCUGAUUUUCCCAUACUGUACCCUCUGCCAACUCACCCUUUGCACGUCGUCGCAGGGGGGAAUGCAGUCUCUCUGCAGCCUUGAUCACAGAUCCAGUCAAGUGAGAUGCAGUAUUC